AUGUGGUAUCUGGAACGUAAAGAAAAAAAUAGACAUGCCAUCGUAGCAAAGUUUCAUAUAUGCUGCAAAAGUGGGAUAAUAAUCCUGUCACUCAUGAAGCAGCCUUCUCCUCUGCUACAACAACUCCUGCUUGAUAGAACAUCACACCAUAUUACAAAAUUUCAAGCCAACAUUAGAACUUACAAUGCAACAUUCUCCUUCACGUCAACUGAGAUGAAAUUUGGCAUAACCUAUUCCAGGAGGAACGGUCCUCCAACUCUACGACUACAUGGUCAAACUUACCACCGGAUCGGUACCAUGCUUCCAGAAACCAGUGAACCUCCAUAA